CGUGACAUGACUGACUACAACUGGAGAGUGGUGAGUCAAGUGUAUUUUCUGUUUCGAGCUAGGCUGGCGAGGUUACACAAUUGUUUAUAUCACCAUCAACCAGAAAAGACGGCAUUUUGUCACUGAGAAAUUGGGAGGUCUUUCUGGAUAAAUGCUACGGAGAGGUCUGACUAUAAUGGCUGAAUACAUUCCAAGACCGUGUGUUUUCUGUGGACCUUCAGGGUCUGGUAAAAGCACAUUGAUUAAACAGCUGAUGGAUGAACACAAAGAUACAUUUGGGUUCUCUGUCAGUCAUACGACGAGGAAUCCAAGACCUGGGGAACAGGAUGGAGUUCAUUAUCAUUAUACAACUCGAGAGAAGAUGGAAUUGGCCAUUUCAAAUGGAGAAUUUCUAGAGCAUGCACAGUUUUCAGGCAAUAUGUAUGGUACAAGUAAAAGGGCAGUUCAGGAUGUGCUGGCAACCAAAAGGAUCUGCAUUCUAGAUAUUGAUGUCCAAGGGGUGAAAAGUAUCAAGAAAACGGACCUAAAACCAAUCUACAUCUUUGUCAAGCCACCAAGCAUUGAGGUCUUGGAGGAGAGACUUAGAGGCAGAAAAACAGAUUCUGAAGAAGCCAUUCAAAAGAGAUUAGCUACUGCAAUAAAGGAAUUGGAGUACAUUGACAAGCAAGAGCCUACUGAAGGGAGUAUAUAUUUCAUCGUGAAUGAUUUAUUUGAAAAAGCAUACUCUCAACUUAGUCUAAUCUUACAAGAUGAGAUAAACAGACUCAAGUCGAUGAAGAGACAUCCGCAAACGCAACCUUCGUUGUAGUCAAUGAUGACAGAGAGGUAGCCUAUGAAAAGAUCAAGGGAAUCCUAAGUACCGAUAUCGUCAAACUUAGGGAUAUCAGAUUCAAGGCAAAGUGACCCCUUCAUUGUGUCAUACCUCCAGAUGAAAUAUCUUGCAAAAUUUCUUAAACUAUAGAUUGAAUUAUUUAUGUUAUCUUAGUGUAAGGUACAUGUAUGUUUUAUCGUCUUUAAAAAGAUAAAAUCUGCAUAUGAUUAUGACUUUUAAUGCAUUACAAUAUAUCCACUUGUCUUGAAAUUGAUAUUUCAUGAAUAUUUAUUAAUGAUAUCCCAUACUAAUUCAAAUGCUUUAAUAUAUUUUCUUGUCCCAACUCAAUUGUGUCUAUGAUAUCUCUUGUUAAUUGAGACUGCCACAUGUAUGCUUCUCCCUGAAAAGUGCUUGUGAUAGCUUUAAAAGCUUUAGCUGUUAGGGAAUUAUGCCUCUUCAGUGAAAAAAAUUAUUACAUAUUUACUUAUUCAUUUAUGAUGAAUGAUUCUGUAUAAUUUAUGAUGAAAAAUAAUACUUUGUAAAUAUGAAAGAAAAUGAAUGAAUAGUUGCUAGAAAGUGGGUAUGAUUGGCUUGAAUGGUGAUUACUUGCACUCUCAGCAAUGAAAGGUGUGCAUUGAAUGGCAACUCAGUGAA